UUUUUUUUUUUUUUCAAUGACAGUCGAUGGGAGAUGUUUUGAGCACAAGCUUGCCUGGAUGUGUGCAACCGAGACUCAAAGAAACGACAUGACAGCAUAGCAGCCUGGCUACAAGCUGUUUUUAUUAAACAAAAAAUGUCGUCCUUUUUCACAGCCCCCAGCGGCGAUAAAAAACGGAAAAGAAUUCCUGGGACGGAGGGGCCAAAAAAACGACUUGCUGGAGCCACGCCCAAGCCUUCGAUAAACGGUCACAAAUCCUCUGCCAGAUUAGCCACCCCUGGAGCGAAAAAGAAGGCAGCUGCACGCGAUGAAGAAAUCUCCGGCAGCGAGUUGGACAGCGACCUGAGCGGAGACGAUAAUAGAGCUUCGGGCAGCGAGUCGGAGAACGAAGGCGAGACGGCAGCCGAGAAGCGACUCAGGCUAGCACAACGAUAUCUAGAGAAGACACGACAAGAGGUCGAGCUCGAGGAUGAAUACGCUUUCGAUGCCGAACAGAUUGACCGGGACCUGCUCGCGGAGCGGCUAGAAGAAGACGCCGCCGAGUCCAAGGGCAAGGUAUAUCGGCGGCUGGCGCCGGAGCUGGACUUCGGCCAUGCGGCGCACACACAGUUCCGCUGGAACUCGAAGACUGUAACUUCGGUGGCAGUUUGUGCCCCGUACGCGUACACGACAACCAAGGAGGGCUGUCUAACCAAGUGGCGGCUCCAAGACCUGCCCAAGGACCAGUGGCCGCAGACGACGAGGAAAAAGCCCAAGAAGCCACCCGCGCCCCCCAAGCGGAAACCCGAGCGCGUGUGCUACACCACAGCAGACCCCCAGAAGAUAAAGGACAAGACGUUCAAGGGCCAUACGGGCGGCAUCCUGACGGUCAGGGCCUCGCAGGACGGCAAGUACGUGGUCACUGGAGGCAGCGACAAGCGCAUGGUUGUCCACAACGCCGAAGACCUCAAACCCAUCCGCGCCUUCACACAGCACCGCGAUGCCGUCACGGGCCUCGCGUUCCGCCGGGGAACGAACCAGCUCUUCUCCUGCUCCAAGGACCGGACAGUAAAAGUGUGGUCUCUGGACGAGCUAGCCUACGUUGAGACGCUCUUCGGCCACCAGGACGAAAUUGUCGACGUCGACGCCCUCGGGCAGGAGCGGUGCGUCAGCGUGGGCGCCCGCGACCGGACGGCGCGGUACUGGAAGGUGCCCGAGGAGUCGCAGCUCGUGUUUCGCGGCGGCGCCAGCGAAAAGAAGUCGUCCAAGUCCUCGGCCGCCCUACAGGGGAUCGCCCCCGGAUCCCUGGCCCAGGAGGGCAGCAUGGACCGCGUGUCGAUGCUGGACGACGACCUGUUCGUCACGGGCAGCGACAACGGCGACCUGGCGCUGUGGAGCGUCAACCGCAAGAAGGCCCUCUUCGUCGUGCCGCGCGCCCACGGCAUCGACCCGGCCCUGAAGCCCUCCGAGGCAUCCGCCGAGGCGGACCCCGGCCCCGACGUAGUCCCCGCCCCGCAGCCUCGCUCUAUCACGGCCCUCCGCACCAUCCCGUACUCGGACGUGAUCCUGACGGGAAGCUGGGACGGCUGCGUACGCGUGUGGCGACUUAACGAGGACAAGAAGAAGAUCGAGGCCGCCGGCGUCCUCGGAUCGUCGUCCGCAGACGAAGAGAACGAAGGAAAAGGAAAAGCGGUCGGGUCUGAGCAAGAAGGCCAGCAGCCGCAGCAGGAGGCGGGAGAAAAGGACCUCGUUAGGGGCAUCGUCAACGACAUCGCCAUGUUCGAGCGGGGCGACAGGGGAAGAGACGGCAUCUGCGUCGUCAUCGCCACCGGCAAGGAGAUGCGCCUGGGACGGUGGAAGUAUAUCAAGGACGGCAGAUGCGGUGCCAUGGUCUUUGAGGUGCCCAAGAUUGCAAAGCAAGCGGGCGUCACAGAACAGUCGACAGACGAUGAAGAAGAGUGAGGCGGGUUAUCGCCGUAUAAUCUGCGACAUAAAAACCCUAGGCGAGGGGGACUACACAUGUGUGUGUAAAAGUGUAUAUAAAAAGCUCUUUGAGCCGUAGCUCAUCGAUCAUUUUGCCGUCGGCGUAUUCGUAGAAAAUGCCCUUUACUUUACUGGCAAUCUGCACACCGUACAGGGGGAAUACAAAAUACUACGCCGUCAAAAU